AUGGAGCCGGGAUUCAACUGCUCUGAGCUCUGCGAUGGCAGCUCCAGCUUUGGCAGCCAGGAGCAGCAGCAGCGGGCCCUGCAGGAGCUCUGCACUGUGACAGUGACAUCGUUUGACCGCAGUAUGAAGAGCUCCCCAUCCUUCUCUGCUGGUCUCCUGGGAGUUGUGUGGACAUUCCUGACUGGAGGAGUCCUGCUAGCACUCUUCUUUUUCAUCUUCACUAUUCGCUUCAGGAAAAACAGGAUUGUGAAGAUGUCCAGCCCCAAUCUCAACAUUGUGACCCUGCUGGGCAGUGGCUUGACUUACACAAGUGCUUACCUCUUUGGGAUUCAGGAGCAGAGCCUGCCAUCUGGAGACUCAAUGGAAAAGCUAAUUCAGGUGAGGCUGUGCCUGCUGUGCGUGGGGACCUCGCUGGUGUUCGGGCCUGUCCUGGGGAAGAGCUGGCGGCUCUACAAGGUGUUCACCCAGCGGGUGCCCGACAAGAGGGUGAUUAUCAAAGACCUGCAGUUGCUGGCCAUGGUGGCAGCGCUGGUGCUGGCAGACACUGUCUUGCUCUUGACCUGGGUGUUCUCUGACCCAGUCCAGUGCUUCCGAAGCCUCAGCGUCUCACUGCGGGCCACAGAGAAAGGCAUGACGUGCUCCGUGAGCCGGGUGCAGUCCUGUGCAUCGCUCUAUUCCGAUCUUUGGCUUGUUCUCAUUUUAGGCUUUAAGAGUAUCCUCCUGCUGUACGGGACCUACUUGGCCGGUCUGACCGACAACGUCAGCUCCUCUCCAGUGAACCAGUCCCUGACACUCAUCGUCGGGGUCAACCUGGUUUUCCUGGCUGCUGGUACCAUCUGCUUAGUUCACCGUUUCUUCCGUACUUGGCACAAUCUGCUGUUUGGUUUUACCUCUGGAGGCAUCUUUGUGUGUACAACCACCAUCAACUGCUUCAUCUUUGUCCCACAGCUCAAGCAGUGGAAAGCCUUUGAAGAGGAAAGCCAAACCAUGAGCCACAUGGCAAAAUAUUUCACCAGCCCGAGCAGGAGCUGCCGCUCAGUGUACAGCGAGGAGCAGCUCUACCAGCUCAUAGGGGAGAAAAACUCUAUGAAGCGGCUGCUCACCGAGAAAAACGCCGUGAUCGAAAGCCUGCAGGAGCAAGUGAGCAGCGCCAAGGAGAAGCUGAUGAGGCUGAUGUCUGCGGAGAGCGGCUGCGACCCCCGUGUGCUGCCAGCAGCUCCCUGCACCUGGAGCUCAGGGCAGCCUGGGGAUGCACCAGGGGACUGCUGCCCCCCGGAUCCAGGGAGGGAUGGGUGGCAGCCCCCCUGCUUGCUGGGUUCAUCACCUCCUGGCAGCAAUGCUCAGGCUCUCCAGAAAGAUGCAACCCAGGAGCCUGUUUGCCCUCAGGUGCUGCUUUUUAAUGGAGGGGACAGCAUUGAACGUGGCCUGAAAGAUCUCCAGGAGUGUGGGACACCUGCAGUGCAGGAGCAGCCUUCAGAGCAGCUGCUAGGCCAGGACAACUCAGCUGGUGUAGCCUGGGAGUCAUCCCCCAAAAUCAGCUAUGUAAACAGCGAGAAGCUGUGGGAAAUCUUGCAAGAGUUAAGCCUGGAUGGCAAAAACCACAGCCCAGCCUUAUCUGCAGGACCCCCACUUGGCAACUGGGGCACCUCAGGCGAGCAGGGAGAAACACAGGUGGGCCAGGAGUGCUACCCAGGCAUCCACACAUCCCUCAGCCCCUACCUGGCAAGGCAUCAGCGGAGGAUCCCAUUGCCCCCUGCCUCCACACGCUUCCCUGGACACGUAUCCCCUCGUGCCAGCUGUAGGGUGAAGGAGGUGGGCAGCUGGGGCCGUGGGGAGUCAGCACAAAACUCCCUGGGAAAGGGAGGGGACAUGGCUGGCAGAGGGCUCCUUCAUGGCCCAGCACCCUCCCCUGCAGCCAUCCCGAGGGAGGCCAGCCUCCAGCCAGAGGGGCGGCUGGGAUGGCCCAGGGAGUCCCAGGGCGCCUCACCGUGCAUCCCGCAGGAGCGGCGGCGGCGGCAGGGCAGGCCGAGAGGCCCCGCGGAGCCCUCCCUGCGCUCGCUGUACUAUUACCCAGACUCUGACUCCAGCAGCAGCAGCAGCUCUGAGGAGAUGUUUCAUGGCUGCCACCGACCCUGCUGCGAGGUUUGCUUCCAGAGCCCUCGUGGCUCCCUGGACAGCAGCAGCACGGACACGGACACAGAGCCCAGUGACUGUGAGGAUCGCCAGACAGAGCACCACGGCGGGCCCCAGCCUGUGGUGAAUUUCAAAGAGGAUCUGAAACCCACUUUUGUGUGA